UACCAGCUUUUAAUGCAGCUAGAGCAAGGUGAAGAGACUUUAUCUGAUUGCCUCUGGCAUUUUCUCCAAAGCCACUUCUUUCUCAGUAGCAGAAAUAUCUUGCCCAAUUGGGAGGCAAUAAUUUCAAAGCAAGUAAAGGAAACUGCAGCUGCUCAGCUGAGUCAGCCAAAGACCUACAUUUUGGAACAGUCACAAGGAAGAAGUGUUUCUUUUCAGAGCCCGGAGCAGCCAGAACAAGGGUGUCCAUCACUUGGAUCGACUCUUGACAACUCUGGAAGCACUGAAAUGCAGCAGUCCAGAACACAAAGCCCCCAGUUGCCCAGCAGCCCCCAUUGCAGCCCAGGAUCUGCAGAACUGCACAGAAACACCACAAAAGCCCAGACACAGCAGAAAAGAAAGAAUCCUCCAUCUUUACUCUUCUCUUUCCCUUCCAGGUUUAGAAGCCCUCCUGUGUGCACAUGGAAGCCAAGGACUGUGUUCUUCAGCGUCUCAUGCUCUGAUGCACCUCCACGCUGGCAACAACCUCCUCCUCCAAGUUCUUCCAAAAAGCACUUCAGCUUUUUGUGGGAGGAUUAUGGAUUUCUCCCCAGUCCUACAGCUGGCAGUAAUGGGAUGAACAUUACUGUGAAGAUUUUAUCCCCUUUGGAUCCCCAUGAGAGACCUGGGGCAAACCAAAGCAAUUUACAUUGAAUGCCACACACUGUCCCACUGUCCAUCUACAAGAUCUUGCCCUGACUGCC